AUGCUUCGCCGGGCACGCAUGCCGCAUAGCAGCGUGCCAGGAUGGCAAGAACGCACCCGUCCUUGGACCGAAGAACCCGACCUCUACGGCUCUCGAGAACCUCAUCGGCCUCAGGGGCGCUCCCCUGAAAGAUACCGUCGCCUUCGCUCUCGGCCACUCGAAACCGAAUUUGAUCGUUACGGUCCUUCAGGAUUUGACGAGAGAAGAAGACAACUAUCACCGUCACCAGCUCCGACUUCGAGAGCGUACAGAAGACCAAGGUCAAGAGCUGCGACAAACGAUGACAUUAGAUAUCGUGGUUAUUAUCGUGGGGACAAGGAAAUGGACAGAACAAUGGAGAGGGAGAUCGAGAUGGAGAGAGAGAGGGAGAUCGAGAGGGCCAGGGAAAGGGAAAGACGUCAAAUAGAAGCUUCACGGGAGAGAAAGAGAAGGGAGAAGGAGUAUGAGAGGGGACGUCGGGGAGGAUCUUCCGGCGGCGGCGGUGGUCGGAGGAGGAGUCGGGCUUCGCGAUUGUGGGACGGAUUGGAGAAGCUUUUCGAGUGGUAG